GGCAAACUUGUUCUAAAACGUUAAAGAAAAAUAGCUGUUUAUUUCGUUUUUUGAUUAUGUUCCAUUAAAAAUGUUGUUUUUGUGCCUUAGAGAGGCACAAUUACCUAUGAUCAUUUAAAACCUAAAUGUAUUUUCAAGCAUUUACAUCAAACAAUAAAAAAAAUACAUAUAUUGUCUUUAUUUACAGUUUUUAAAUCAAUGGGAUUGUGCGUCGUUUUCUCGAGAACCCCUUGGACCGAACAAAGGACUCGAUUCGUGAACGAUCCGUGUGAACCGGUUCAACAUGCAUUCGACUCAAAAGAUUCACGAAUUGGUUAUGGCUAGCUUGCAAAACAGGAGCUCAUAAACAACUAAAUGGGAAUAUAAUGUACGGUGCAAUUUCUCAAAUUAUGACUUAACAUAAUUUUCGCUCAGAUAUGACAGCGAAAUUUCUCCAUGAAUUGGUGCACGUGGCGGCGCGUGAGCAUGGCGAUAAAACAGCUGUCGCGUUCGACAGCAGCAUUGCAGCGCGGGUCUCUUUGACAUAUGAUGAGGUUAUGUCCCUCGCAAAUGAUUUAACUGGACACUUGCGCGUCUCUGUCCAGAAACAUGAUGGUGUCAUAGGGUUAUUCUGCCAUGCUGAUGUCCUUCUUCCUGUCUGGAUUAUUGGUAUUCUGCAGUUUCCUGCUGCAUAUGUGCCUCUUGACCCUGCAUCACCACCUCUGUGCACCAUGAGAAUGAUGAACAAGUGCAGACUGAACUUCUGCUUGAUACAAAAUGAACUGCUUAAUCAAUUCCAGAGUGCAUUUUCCAGCCUGCUUUCUUUGGAAAUGUGUGCAACGUUAUCCUCACAAAGGCUCACUUUAAUAAAAAUACAAAGUGAGCAGAUGUCCGAUCAGCCUUCCAGCUCUUCUUUGACCAAAGACAUCCAGCAGAGGGAGACUUUGGCUUAUGUUUUGCACACAUCCGGAACAACAGGGCGUCCAAAAAUAGUGAAGGUCCCACACAGGUGUAUUAUGCCUAAUAUUAAACAUCUACGAUCUGUCUUUAAGAUGACUGCAGAAGAUGUUGUGUUCCUGUCCUCUCCGUUAACCUUUGACCCUUCUGUGGUGGAGAUGUUUUUGGCCCUCUCUUCCGGAGCAUGUCUCUUAAUUGUCCCCUCCGCUGUUAAAAAGAUGCCACGCAGACUUGCUCGUGUGCUCUUUAAACGAAACACAACAACAGUCUUGCAGGCUACUCCCACUCUUGUGAGGCGUUUUGAAAGGCGUGUCCUUCAGGAGGAGGUGCUUAGUGCAAAUUCAUCCCUGAGGUUAUUGGCUUUUGGAGGAGAGCCAUUUCCGUCUCUAAAUCUUCUCAAAAGCUGGAAGCAGGGAGGCAAUGGCACACACAUCUUUAAUCUUUAUGGCACCACAGAAGUUUCUUGCUGGGCAAGUUGGUACAAAGUCCCUGAUGAACACCUGUGCUUGGAAACCACAACUGAUAUAUCUGUGCCCCUUGGAGAGCCGAUGCUGGAUACCAUAAUGGAGGUGAGAGAUGAAACAGGACGUCUCGUCACUGAAGGAGAAGGACAGUUAUUCAUUGGUGGUCAGGAAAGGGUGUGUCUUCUUGACGAUGAAGAAACUGUAGUCAAGGGAACAAUGCGUGCUACUGGUGACUGGGUGCAGGUGCGCGAUUCCUGUCUGUAUUUCCAGGGCAGGAAGGAUCGGCUUGUCAAACGGUUUGGUCAGCGGGUACACUUAGAUGCCUUGCAGCUGGUGAUUGAGAAUUUGCCUCAGGUAGAGGCGUGUGCAGUGAGCCUGAGUGAGGAUGACAGGCUGGUGGCAUUUAUAGUGCUCUCAUCGGGUCAACUAGGAGCCCCUUCAUCCUUCUCCUCUAAAAUUCAUCAUGAAGAAUCUUUCCAACAUUCUACACAAUCCUCUGAAGACCUCACCGCUGUAGAAGUCUCAAGAAAUUCCACCUCCCUCUCGCUUAGAGUUAUGGAAGGAGAGAUUCGCCAUAAGUUAUCACAGCUUUUGGCCAGUCACAGCAUUCCUGACAUGAUAUUAUUCAUCCCUGCACUUCCACUCACGUCUCAUGGUAAAAUAGCCAUUGAUGAGUUGAUGAGAAUGUGUGACACUCAAAGACAAGACAUAAAUAAACAAACUGUAUGGAAAGACAUGGAAUCUGUGAGACUGAAGUUACAGACCCUGUGGAAGGAGUGUCUUGGCCUGCCGAAUGACGUGGUGGUUGAGGAAGAUGCACACUUCAUGUUAAGUGGAGGAGAUUCCCUUCAGGCCCUGCGUUUCUGUGAUGAGAUCACUGUUGCCAUGGGGACAACCUCUGUGGGCCUGCUGGAGGUCAUAUUAGAUGGCUCUUUCUCAGAUGUGCUUAGCCACGUCAUGACAGAAACGCAUAAUGCAAUCCGACCAUCAAAGAAGAGAAUGCUAGAUUAUUCAGACACUGCAGUUUCAUCUAAAAGACAACAAAAGGAAAUGGCCACAGUGAAUGCUACGGAAAGCACAUUGGGUUCUGUAGUUCCCUUAGUGAGAAGGACUAUGGGAUUUGUAGUUGUGAGACGAGCUGGUGAGGUUAUCGAUUUGGGUUGUUUUCAGAAAAUGCAAAAGGAAAACUUCUCAGAUGCACUGGAGACAAACGAGAGUAAACUUCUAGUGACAGAUACAUCUGACAAUCACUUGGGUUUUAUAUCUAAUCCAUCACAUGAAUGUUAUAAGACUUUUAAAAAGGCCACAGAACUCCAUGUACCUCAUGAAGUUACUGAGACGUUAUCCGUCACUGAGAGCACAGGUUCUAGACAAGACUCUUUAGGCAUCCUGCCACUUGGCCUUCGAGUCUGCUGGAGCUCAGACACAGGCAGGUGUGUGGAUGCCUCUCCAGUGCUGCUGGUGGGCCCUGAUAGGACCGCUGUGUUCAUUGGCUCUCACUCGCACAGACUGCAGGCUCUUGACCUGUUCAACGGAGAGGUCAUUUGGGAGCGUAUCCUUGGAGAUCGGUUGGAGUCUUCUGCUGUCAUCUCAAAAUGUGGAAGCCUUGUAGCAGUAGGCUGCUAUGACAGACAAGUGUACUUCCUGGACGUUUCCUGUGGGGAAACUGUGUGGACAUUUGAGACGGGGGAUGUGGUGAAAAGUUCCCCUACUGUAGACCCUACAACUGGGAUGAUUUUUGCAGGGUCCCAUGAUGGCAAUAUUUAUGCAUUAGACCCAAAGGCUAAGACUUGUAUAUGGCAGUACUAUUGUGGUGGCGGUGCAGUGUUUUCAUCCCCUUGUGUCCAGUUGUCUCCUAGACAGUUAUACUGUAGUACUCUGGGUGGGAAUCUCCACUGUCUUAAUCCAGACAGUGGAAAAGUCUUGUGGACGUAUUCCAGCACUGUCCCUUUUUUCUCAUCUCCUCACUGCUCUGAUUCCUCUGUCUUCAUUGGUUCAGUAAAUGGCCAUAUUAUUGGAAUAAGCCAUUCUGGAGAUACGUUAUGGGACUUCUCCACUAAAGGACCAAUCUUCUCAUCGCCAUGCAUUUCUUCCAUGACAUUUUUGACCAAUCGGACGAUUUCUACAACACCCAGCAGUAGCACACAAUCACCCAAACUCACAGUCACAUGUGGGUCACAUGACAGUCAUGUAUACUGUUUAAAUGGCGAUAAUGGAUCAUUAUUGUGGAAGUUCCAGACCACAGGCAAGGUGUUCUCUACUCCAUUUGUGUUUGAUGGCGCUCUGUGGGGUUUGAGAUCACUAGUGGCCGUGUGCUCCACUGAUGGAAAGGUGUGGGUUUUAGAUGGAGAAACCGGCACACCGAAGGCAACAUUGUCUUUGCCAGGCGAGCUUUUCUCCUCUCCUGUCGUAUGGGGACAUAACUUGGUUGUUGGAUGUCGUAAUGAUUAUGUUUAUUGUCUAGAACUGACCAAAAAGUGAUUAUUCAUUAUAAAAAUCCAUGUGGAGUUGAAUAAGUAAAUUUUUUUUGGGUGACUCCCAAACGUACUUAUUAGAAAAAAUGAUUUAGAUAUAAUCAGUAUGGUGCGUUAUGUAUAUAUGUUCUGCAAAAUACAUAAA